ACAGGAGUUUGUCCUGAAGAUAAACAGGUUAGAAGCUGAUCACAAAGCAAAGCUCUUCCUUCUACUCUCGGGCUUAAAUUCUGUUUUAAUCUUCUUUUUUGUUUGUUUUCGGGGUUUUUUUUAAGUGAGAUUCAAAUUGACAAUGUCAUUCACAAUGGAUAUUAUAAAGAAAAUGCUUCCAAGGGGAUAUCAGCGAAAAUAUGUGGCCCAUCAAGUUUUUAUUGCCAUAACUUACUUUAAAGACCUUGUGCCUGCAGUUGAGGAGUUCGUUUACAGAGAUGGGUCCAGAAAGAACCUGAUGAACCUUACAGGAAUCAUUCCUGUGGUCUAUAAAGACAAGUCCUAUAACAUCCCCAUAUGUGUUUGGAUUGAGCCAAACUACCCCAAUGUGGCGCCUAUGUGCUUUGUGAAGCCGACACACGAGAUGAUCAUUGUUAAAGGAAAGUACAUUUCCAGCGACGGCAAAGUCAGGAUGCCUUACUUGAAAGACUGGAAGAAGGGUGAAGGGGAUCUAUUUAGCCUACUGCAGGUGAUGGUUGCUGUUUUUGGAGAGUUCCCUCCAUUAGCAAUGCGUCCUUAUCCUGAGCCUGAACAAGCGUCAUGUUGGUUGCAGUUUAACCGACAAGAAGAUGGAAGAUAUUGUGUGUCUUUACCCAGAGGAGAUGGCCAACCUUUCCAACAGGAAAAUGAAACCAGUUGCUAGUUUGUUGUACAUAUUUGAAUAUUUUGUGUAAAUAUGUGAUGUUUUGAUUUAAGUCUGUGAGUAGAAAAUCUAAAAAAGCCCAUACCGUUAACUAACUGGAAGUUGAAACUAAAACGGUGACAUGCAUGAACGUCAAACAAAUGCUUUAGGAUUGUGGAAAUUAGAUUUCUUUUACUAUUUUAGGUUCUUCUAGCUUCCAUUUUCUCACCACCAUGAAAUAUUUUACAACCAGUCCAUAAAAAAAACGUUGUUUGUACUGAUUGUCUACUUUGGUGAUAUGACAUGGACCUUUGAACAGAGAAGUCAGAUAUAACCAAAUACAGCUCAAUAGGACUUUUCAUAGCAUGCAAAUAGUCUUGUUUAAAUAUCAAAAGCUUUAAGAGAAUAGAAAAUAAAACUGCAAACUUUAAGCAGAAACAAAACAUUGAUAUUCCUUAAUAUCUGAGUUACUUUAUUAGACAUUUCUGGAACUUUCCUCCGUAACCACUCAAAGACAUACUUCUUUUAUUUUAUGUAAAUAAAGGCCUUUUAUAAAGAAA